ACAAAAAGAGGAAGCCAACAAGCGCUGGGAAUCUGAACACCAGGCACAGGAGCCACACCAGAACUGGAAAAACAGAUGAGAAGAGAGGGGAGAAAGGAGGAGAAACUGGGGCGCACGCAUAUUAGUGACACACAUUAACAUCGUCAGGAACGGAGCGGAGGGAGAGGAAGAAGACGGAGAAAGUGCUGAUGGCAGAAGUGUGGUGGCGCUCUGACCCAGGACCUGAGAGGGACUACCCCCCUUGUUACUUCCUUCAUCUGUGUCCUGUCUCCUUAUCCGUUUUCUGACCCUCUCCCCUCCUCCCUCCCCCUCCUCUCCCCCUCUCUCACAUGCCAUCGCUUGCGGACCGUUCCCACAGUCAGACAAGGGAGAGCGCAGCGGCUGUAUCGCAUCUCCGUGUCUCUCAGCGUGUUUUUCCUUCCUCUGCCAUCCCCCUGCACUCUCUCCACCUCCUCUGUUUUACACUCUGCAGCUAAAAUCCUUUUGGCAGAACUAUAUAUGUAUAUAUUUGUAUAUAUAUAGAUAUAUGCACAUAUAUCCUCAAGCUCGGCAUCAAAGGGAAGAAUCAAGAGAAAAGAAGAUCUUUAAGGGAAUAAAUUGGAGAUCUUGCUAAGAACUGAAGAGUCUUUGUUUUUUGUAGGGUUUUGAUGACCUGCUCUGCAGUUUCUUCCCUAUAAAGGAAGAGUAGAAAUAGGAGGUUUGAUGUAAGCACUGGGAAUUAAAAAGAGAAGAGGAAAAACAUCCUGCAAGUUUCCUCUGUUUCAAAGAAUAAAGUGACUCACGUGAAAAUGAAGAAUUUCUGAAGUGCACAAAUGAAGACUUGAGCUGGAAAGAACUUCAGAAGGAAACUCCGGGACGCCACCUGAGCAAAAGAGGACAGACUCAAAGCAAGAGAUUUGAAGUCUUCAGACUGACCCGUUAGUCUCUCCGUCAGUCUGCAGCUUUCCUCCCAGUCUCAGGUUGUGCCACCUCUCUUGAAGCUCAGCCAUGCAGGUGUCCAUCGCCUGCACGGACCACAACCUGAAGAGAGGAAAUGGGGACCACAGCAAGCAGAGCGCCACCAGCCCCAACGUGGUCAACCAAGCCAGGGCCAAGUUCCGCACUGUGGCCAUCAUCGCUCGCAGCUUCGGCGCCUUCACUCCACGCCACAUCUCGCUCAAAGAGUCAACAGGGAAACACACGGGCAUGAAGUACAGGAACCUUGGAAAGUCAGGUCUCAGAGUUUCAUGCUUAGGACUGGGUACGUGGGUGACAUUUGGAGGACAGGUAACGGAUGAGGUUGCGGAGCAGCUAAUGACCAUCGCGUACGAGAGUGGAGUCAACUUGUUCGACACGGCUGAGGUCUACGCAGGUGGCAGGGCCGAAAUCAUCCUGGGAAACAUCAUCAAGAAGAAGUGCUGGAGGCGGUCAAGCUUGGUCAUUACUACUAAACUUUACUGGGGAGGAAAAGCCGAGACGGAGAGAGGACUGUCGAGGAAACACAUCAUCGAAGGUCUAAAAGGCUCUUUACAAAGGAUGCAGUUGGAGUAUGUGGAUGUAGUUUUUGCCAACCGCCCGGACAGUAAUACUCCCAUGGAGGAGAUUGUUCGAGCUAUGACCUAUGUCAUAAACCAAGGUAUGGCAAUGUACUGGGGAACAUCACGGUGGACGGCCAUGGAGAUCAUGGAGGCGUAUUCUGUGGCAAGACAGUUUAAUCUGAUCCCUCCGGUGUGUGAGCAGGCGGAGUACCACCUCUUCCAGAGAGAGAAAGUAGAGGUGCAGCUGCCUGAACUUUACCAUAAAAUAGGAGUUGGGGCAAUGACAUGGUCACCGCUGGCGUGUGGCAUCAUUACGGGGAAAUAUGAAAACGGCAUCCCCGAGUCUUCCAGGGCCUCCAUGAAGUCCUAUCAGUGGUUGAAGGAGAAAAUAGUGAGUGAAGACGGAAGGAAGCAGCAAGCAAAGCUGAAAGAGCUCAACCACAUUGCAGAGAAGCUGAGCUGUACCCUGCCUCAACUAGCCGUCGCAUGGUGUCUAAGAAAUGAGGGAGUGAGCUCAGUCCUUUUGGGAACAUCCAACCCUGAGCAGCUAACAGAGAACCUUGGAGCCAUACAGGUUCUUCCCAAGAUGACCUCUCAUGUAGUGUCAGAGGUCGACCACAUCCUGGGCAACAGACCAUACAGCAAGAAGGACUACCGCUCUUAGUGGACUACGGAGGUCAGCGGCUCCUUCCUGUUUCACCAUACUGCUACCUUGGACCCCCCUGUCCAGUCAUCAUGACCACGGUUCUCUCCUUGAGGUCCAAUAAACCUCCAGCCCACAUCAGCCUGACUGACAGUCUUGCUAAGUCCACAUCGCAUACCGUUUCCGUUUGCAACUUCAGCUUUGAUCAGCUCCAUCAGGUUCAUCUCAGGUGUAAUCCAGCUCAGCCAAGAAAUGCUUACACUUUUGCAUCCUCAAAAAGUAAAUCAAAACGUUAUUAAAACAUGAAAAAAGUGUUAUCCUCAUUAGCAACAUUGUGCAGAUAUAACUAUGCAGCGCUUAGAGAAACCCACGUCGGAGUUCAGAGCUUACAGAG